GUGUAAAGGGAAGGGGGGGAGGAAUCAAAGGAGGGCAUUUCACAAAGAGAUAAUCCCUGUAUAUUUGUGACAUCAUCCCACUGCUUAUGUAUAUAUAGGGAAUCAUCCAGAGCUCCCCUCAUGGUUCAGUCACUUUCAAAGUCAGCUGAAGGCAAUAGGAAAGGAGAGAGAGACUCAUUUCCAGCUUCAAUUGCUCUCUCUAAUAUUUAUGGACUUUACUUACUAGAAGGCUAAAGGAUGAUGGCAAGAAUGAGAAUUCCACUGGUCUGCAUGAUGUUUCUGGCUUUUACUUCCCAGAGUCUGUGCUCAGAUUCGGAAGAGGAAAUGAAGGCACUGGAAGCAGAUUUAUUGACCAAUAUGUACACAUCAAAGAUCAAUAAAGCAAGAUUUCCUCACUGGAAAAUGACCCUGCUGAAUGUGUGCAGCCUUGUCAAUAACUUAAAUAGCCCAGCUGAAGAAACAGGGGAGACUGGUGAAGAUGAGCUUGUUAUGAGAAGGCAGUUAUCAACUUUGGAAGGCUUUAACUUGGAAGCGAUGCUGACCAUUUACCAGCUCCAGAAAAUCUGCCGUAGCAGAGCUUUUCAGCACUGGGAGUUACUCCAGGAAGAUGUUCUUGAAUCUGGAAAUCUGAACCGUGAAAAAGAAGAAAUCAUGAAGAGGAAAACCCCUUAUAUCCUGAAGAGGCAACUCCAUGUGAAUAAAGCCAGAAGACCCUACAUUCUCAAAAGAAGUUCUUCCUACUAUUGAGGAGAAAAAAAAAUAUCUAAUUUAGUUUAUGAAUAAUUGUGUUUCAUGGUUGUUUUAAUUAAAAAUAUAAGUAUAUCAGUGUGAAAAUUAUAUAACAAAAGAAUUGCUUUUGUCUCUUCUGCAAUUAUGGUUUCUUGAAUGUGAUUUUUUUAAUCAAAAGAAUUGAACAGAAAACAUUCCAAAUAAAUCUCAUUUCUGAGCAUGAUAUAUUGUGUAUGACAAAAACUAUUCAAUAUUGGCGACAUCAUUCUAUUUUGCAACUUUACAUGAAAAGCAUUUGAUUAUUAAAAUUCACCAGUGAAAAUAUU